AUGGCGACGAAGAUCGCGACUAACACGUUAACCAACUCUGCCGGAAGUAUCCUCUUAAAUAGUACCAAAGGCAACCUUCCCGUGAGAUUCUAUUCAAUUCGGGCUCUACCAGUUAGUAGUAUCCAUAUCCGUUUCUCCCGGCGGCGGUCUCUGAUUUCAGAUGGCGAUAGUUUGAAUUUUAAUUCUCGAAGCUGGAGUAGAAGUCGGAGCGGCAUCGUCAACGGGGGGUUUAGUGUUGUUGACGACGUUGACGAUGAUGAUGAAGAUGACGAAGAGGAAGAUCGGAGUUUGGACCUCCUUGUUCGAUUCGUCCAGAAUAUGUUCCGGAAGAUUUCUAAGAAAGCCCGCAAGGCUGUUCGAUCUGUUCUGCCAGUCCCCAUUUCAUCACAACUGGUUGGAUUUUCUGUUAAUGGUGUGAUAAUUCUUACUUUCAUGUGGGUUUUGAAGGCGUUCCUGGAGGUUAUUUGUACUCUAGGGAGUGUGAUAUUUGUUAGCAUCUUGCUCGUCCGUGGAAUAUGGACAGGGAUUUCUUACUUACAAGAAUACCGCAACCAUCGCAUAGAUGAACUUGAUGAUGAACACAGAGCCUGGAGAGGCAGUCAACCUGCAACUUAA